GUGCACCAAGAUAUGUGACCAUUCCGAAGGCUCUAUCGGUUCUCUUUUAAGGUUCCAUGUAUGCUCUUUUUCUGUUUUCCUUUUUUUUUCUCUUUUUUCACCAGCGGAGGGGUUUCGAGGACCCGGUCGACAUCUGAGCACGGCUGUGGCGCUCUUCGAGCUGCAUCCGCAAAGGGUGGCUGCAGCUCCACCUGCUGCUGAUAAAGCACGCCGAUUCAGGCCGAUGGAGGGGCCAAUUGCUCAGCUUCGAACAAAAAAGAAGGAGAUUGUCAUUCCCCGAGAUGCCAGCAGUUGAGAUGGCAAGCCCUCGACCACCUUGAAGGAGAAAUAUACUGUUUUCCGACAUUUGAGUUAUCCAUCGAUCCACUCGCUACCCGAGGACCCGCACACCUCAUCGCCAUGUCGCUCUCCAAAAUCAAGCACAUCGUCCUGGUGCUCUCAGGCAAAGGAGGCGUCGGCAAGUCCUCGGUGACAACACAAUUGGCACUAUCGCUCUCUCUAGCGGGCCAUUCCGUCGGCGUCCUCGAUGUCGACCUCACAGGGCCCUCGAUACCGCGCAUGUUCGGGAUCGAGGAUGCGAAAGUCACACAAGCCCCCGGCGGAUGGCUGCCCAUCACCGUACACGAAGCCGACCCAUCCGCGGGCACUGGCUCGCUUCGAGUCAUGAGCCUUGGGUUCCUCCUCCCUCGACGAGGCGACGCCGUCGUGUGGCGCGGGCCAAAGAAGACAGCCAUGGUGCGACAGUUUCUGUCAGACGUGUUCUGGGACGAACUCGACUAUCUCUUGAUAGACACGCCGCCGGGGACGAGCGACGAACACAUAUCGUUGGCCGAGACGCUCCUGCAGAAAGCACGGCCAGAACAGCUUGCCGGUGCCGUGGUCGUGACUACACCCCAGGCUGUGGCCACGGCGGACGUCAGGAAGGAGCUCAACUUCUGCACCAAGACAGGCAUCCGCGUGCUCGGUGUCGUUGAAAACAUGAGCGGGUUUGUGUGCCCGAACUGCAGCGAGUGCACGAACAUUUUCAUGAGCGGCGGCGGGGAGGUCAUGGCGAAGGACUUCAACGUCCGAUUCCUAGGGCGCAUCCCCAUCGAUCCUCAAUUUUUAGUACUUAUUGAGACCGGAAAAGUCCCGCGGUAUCCAGAAGGUACCUCAGUCAACGGGAAGGAUAUUUCUUCAGCCACCCAAGCCACACCAAGCGACAACGAGACACGGGAUUCCGGUUUCUUGGUACAUAAGUACAAGAGUUGCUCUCUUGCUCCCAUUUUUGGCUCUAUCACGGCUGAUAUUAUCGCCGGUGUAGCAACGUAGCGUUUAUAGUAAAUAAGGCAUGGUAUCACUUUGCACCGUUUAGGACCCAUAACAAUUGCUGUCCGCAUACCUCGCGACCAACUUGUUAAUUAUUGAACUUAACUAUAAAUUCAAUUAGCUGGCACUCCUAACCUUAAAACAUAGUCGAGGAAGGCUUUGCUUAUGUCUUUGGCAGCCAAAACAUUCCAUUACCAGAUGCAAGGAAUAAAUGUGCCCCGGUGGGCUUUUCGGCGGAAGAUUGCAGACGAAGAAUACGG